AUGUCAAAGAAACCAUUUUACAGCAUUUUGGAGUGUUUUUUGGAGAAAGUGGCGAGACAGCCGCAUAAGAAGUUCAUAGUUUUUGAGGAAAGCUCUUACACCUACAGCCAAGCCGACAAAGAAAGCAACAGAGUAGCAAGAGCUCUGUCAACUCAUGCUGGCCUGAAGGAGGGGGACACGGUGGCCUUGUUCAUGGGCAACGAGCCGCACUAUGUGUGGAUCUGGCUCGCACUGGUCAAGCUUGGAUGCACAGCUUCUCUUCUGAACAACAACAUCAGAUCCAAAUCUUUGCUACACUGCUUCUCCUGCUGUGAAGCCAAGGUCCUGGUCGCUGGUGCUGACCUGCAAGCAGCUGUAGAGGAGGUGCUGCCUGCUUUGAAACAACAGGGCAUCCGUGUAUUUAUCCUCACUGAGGACUGCAGCGUUGAGGGCAUUGAAAGCCUCUGUGAUAAAAUUCAGCAGGCCUCAGACCAGCCACUGUCACCUCAGCUGAGUGCCAACAUUGACAUUAAGAGUCCUGCACUGUACAUCUUCACAUCAGGAACCUCGGGGCUUCCCAAGGCAGCUAUAGUCAGCCAUGAGAAGCUAUGGAUGACGUCUUUUGUGCUGUCACUUGUUGGCGUACGCUCAGAUGAUAUUAUUUACAUUUACCUGCCUCUCUACCACGGUGGUGGCUUUCUGAUGGGACUUUGUGGGGCCAUAGAAAAAGGCAUCACUGUUGUUUUGAGGCGUAAAUUCUCUGCCUCCCAGUUCUGGAAUGACUGUAGAAAGUACAAUGUGACAAUCAUUCAGUACAUAGGAGAAAUUAUGCGCUAUCUCUGCAACACACCAAAGAGGGACAAUGACAGAGAUCAUAAAGUUCGAUUGGCUUUGGGGAAUGGGAUCCGGGCCGACACCUGGGCUGAAUUCCUGCAGCGAUUUGGGGAUAUUCAUAUUUGUGAAUGCUACGGAUCGACAGAAGGAAAUAUCGGCUUUAUCAACUAUGUUGGGAAGAUAGGGGCUGUUGGCAAAGAACAUUUUAUACACAAAAUGAGAUAUCCAUAUGCCCUUAUAAGGUAUGACCCAGAGAAAGAGGAGCCAGUCAAAGACUCCAGAGGAUUUUGUAUCAGAGUCCCCAGAGGAGAAACUGGUUUGUUGGUGUCAAAGAUCGGAGAAAGAACACCUUUCAGUGGCUACGCCAAGAACGAGCAGCAGACAGAGAAGAAGAGGCUGAGAAAUGUGUUUGUGAAGGGAGAUCUGUACUUCAACAGCGGCGACCUUCUAAAGAUAGACAACGAGGGAUUUGUCUUCUUUCAAGACCGUGUUGGAGACACCUUCAGUAAAGCUACAUACCAGCACGUCCAAAAUUUCCUCCCCAGCUAUGCAAGACCACGCUUCAUUCGCAUACAGGACACAAUGGCAAUGACUGGGACAUUUAAACAAAUUAAGGUGACACUGGCAGAGGAGGGCUUCAACCCUACCAUCAUCAGAGACCCUUUGUUCUACCUGGAGAACAAUAAGGGCUACGUACCCAUGACUCCGGAGAUAUUCGACUCCAUCUCAGAUGGAAGAAUGAGCCUGUGAAAGACUUCAGUGUUUUUAUUGGAAAGCCAACCUUAAAUAAUACAUCUGAUUUUAGUUUUAGCUGAUAGGAGGACCACAGUGUACUGAAAUGUUUAAAGGGGUAUAAUUUUGUUUAAAAUACUUUGAAUAAAAAAUAUUUUAAAGACAUGAUUGUGAAUGAGCAAAGUAAUCCCAAGUCACUGACACAUUAAAGUUGCAGUCAUCACUUUGCCAAGACCUGACUCUGCUGGCUCAGCUCCGUCACAGCCAGCACAGUAAUAAAUUGCUUAAUUAUCAAUACAGGAAUUCUAUGUGUGUAUUUGAACUACUGUAAA